GGAGCAGCCCGGGGCUGCGCGUGGGUUCCGCUCGUCCUGCACGGCGUGGACGUGAGGAGCGGCGCUCCAGGCGCCCGCCGCCGCUCGGGGCUGUGCCGCUGCAGGUGCCCGGCGGGCAGUUACCCGGGUCGGGAAUGAAGAGGAAAUGGAACAUUUACAACAUGCCAUUGCUGCUUCUAGUGUUCUGGGUGUGGGACCCAGCCAGGUUGGUGCUGGCUAACAUCCAAGAAGAUGAGGCUAAGAAUAACAUUACCAUCUUUACCAGAAUUCUAGACAGACUUCUGGAUGGUUACGAUAAUCGGCUUAGACCAGGACUGGGAGACAGUAUUACUGAAGUCUUCACUAACAUCUACGUGACCAGUUUUGGCCCUGUCUCAGAUACAGAUAUGGAAUAUACAAUAGAUGUUUUCUUUCGACAAAAAUGGAAAGAUGAACGGUUAAAAUUUAAAGGUCCUAUGAAUAUUCUUCGACUUAACAAUUUAAUGGCUAGCAAAAUAUGGACUCCAGAUACCUUCUUUCAUAAUGGGAAAAAAUCGGUAGCUCAUAACAUGACAAUGCCAAAUAAACUCCUUCGAAUCCAGGAUGAUGGCACUCUGCUGUAUACAAUGAGGCUUACAGUACAAGCUGAAUGUCCAAUGCACUUGGAGGAUUUUCCAAUGGAUGCCCAUUCAUGUCCUCUGAAAUUUGGCAGCUAUGCAUAUACAACCUCAGAGGUCACCUAUAUUUGGACUUACAAUGCAUCUGAUUCAGUGCAAGUUGCUCCUGAUGGCUCCAGGCUAAAUCAAUAUGAUCUUCUCGGCCAAUCAAUUGGAAAAGAGACAAUUAAAUCUAGCACAGGUGAAUAUACAGUAAUGACAGCUCAUUUCCACUUGAAAAGAAAGAUUGGGUAUUUUGUGAUUCAGACAUAUCUGCCUUGCAUCAUGACUGUCAUUCUCUCCCAAGUGUCAUUCUGGCUUAAUCGAGAAUCUGUGCCUGCAAGAACCGUGUUUGGGGUGACUACUGUUCUCACAAUGACAACCCUCAGCAUCAGUGCCCGGAAUUCUCUCCCCAAAGUGGCUUAUGCAACUGCCAUGGACUGGUUUAUUGCUGUUUGCUACGCGUUUGUCUUCUCUGCCCUCAUUGAAUUUGCAACGGUUAAUUACUUCACCAAAAGAGGCUGGGCAUGGGAUGGGAAGAGUGUAGUCAAUGACAAGAAAAAAGAGAAAGCCUCUGUCAUGAUACAGAACAAUGCUUACGCUGUGGCUGUUGCCAAUUACGCCCCAAAUCUUUCAAAAGAUCCUGUUCUCUCCACCAUCUCCAAGAGUGCAACCACGCCAGAACCGAACAAGAAGCCAGAAAACAAGCCAGCUGAAGCCAAGAAAACCUUCAACAGUGUUAGCAAAAUUGACAGAAUGUCUAGAAUAGUUUUCCCAGUCUUGUUUGGUACAUUUAAUUUAGUUUACUGGGCUACUUAUUUAAACAGGGAACCUGUAUUAGGGUUCAGUCCUUGAGCCUAAACCCAAGGUUAUCUUUGGGAUAUAUAGCAACAUUAAACUCAGUGUGAUUUGCUAUGUACAGUCUGACUAAUAACUGCUAAUUUGUGAACCAACAUGUAUAGUAUGUAUAUAGCAGUAUAGCUUUCCAGUAGAUCUCUAAUGGAGUCACGUGUUUGCUAACCCAUGAAAAUGCCGGCAGAAAACACCUCCUGCCAAAAGCGCCGUCGCCUUUUUAAAGAUUUACCUUAGGAACUGGUUUUGAGUGGAUUUCAGAUGUCCUGAUUUAUUUCCUCUCUUUAGUAGAAAUGAAAACGGGGAACCUACACCACACUUUUAUGGAUGGUAUAAUAUUUAGGUAUUACUGAGUAUGUUCUACUAUUACCUAAUUAUUAUAUAAGAUAAGGUUGUCAUUCAAUGAUAGAUUUUUCUGAAUAGCAGGUUCUGAUAGCUGCAACAUCCAUUUCCUUUCUCCAGUGCUUAGAAUCCCGGCCAGUGUAAUUGGAAGCUUGGCACACAUAAGAGGAAAAACUAGAGAUUAUUCAGAAUUAGCUUUUAAUUCCUCUGUAUAGUAUCUAUAGCCAUGUACAUAUUACAGCAUGACAAGCUCAAAUAAUUACACGAAUCACCCCCCUGACAGGAUGUUAAUUAUGCCUAGAAUUUAAUAACUCUCGGAAUGUCAUGGUCAUUACAUUUUUUAGCUUCAGAGCUUAAUGGAAAGUAAUAAUUGAAAUCUGACAAAUUAUUUUCAUCAUUGGAAACUACCUUAA